GCCCCGGCGCGUCCGGCUCCUCCCCGGGCCCUCCCUCCAGCUCUCCUGGCCCGCUGAGCGGCGCUUAGGGUGGCGGGGCACUGUAGGCAGGGGCGGGCCUGGGGGCGGAGGCCAGGCAGCGGUUGCUGCGGGGACUGGGCGGGGACGCGGCCCCGAGGACGGAAGUGAGAAAGUUGCCGGCGUCCCGGGGAGAGUUGGCCUAGCUGUGCGCGCACCGCGGCGAUGGGAGGUUCGGGCAGUCGCCUGUCUAAGGAGCUGCUGGCCGAGUACCAGGACCUGACGUUCCUGACCAAGCAGGAGAUCCUCCUAGCCCACAGACGCUUCUGCGAGCUGCUUCCCCCAGAGCAGCGGACCGUGGAGGAGUCACUGCACACUCGAGUACCAUUUGAGCAGAUCCUCAGCCUUCCAGAGCUCAAGGCCAACCCUUUCAAGGAGCGAAUCUGCAUGGUCUUCUCCACGUCGCCUACCAGAGACAGCCUGAGCUUUGAGGACUUCCUGGACCUCCUGAGUGUCUUCAGUGACACAGCAACCCCAGACAUCAAGUCACACUAUGCCUUCCGCAUCUUUGACUUUGAUGACGACGGGACCCUGGACAGAGGAGACCUGAGCCAGCUUGUGAACUGCCUCACAGGAGAGGGUGAGGACACUCGGCUCAGCGCUUCUGAGAUGAAGCAGCUGAUUGACAACAUCCUGGAAGAGUCAGACAUUGACAGGGAUGGGACCAUCAAUCUUUCCGAGUUCCAGCAUGUCAUCUCGCGCUCACCAGACUUUGCCAGCUCCUUUAAGAUUGUCCUGUGACGGCUUCUAAGUACCAACAUCCUGUCCAAGACCGGCCACUGCCGAGAUGUGGCCAAGGUUACGCCUGCGCUGUCAGGGCCAGUGCUGGCCCAGCCUGGAGAGGGCGCUGCAGAGUCUGGCCCUCUGGCAGGGGAGGACCCUCCCCCUUGUCACUGCUGUUGUCAUCACUGUGUUUACUAAUUGGUAAUAAAGGUUUAGAAAUGUUUGA